AUGGGCAGAUCAACCCAACACAGCUGGAUAAAAAAUACAGUGGCAGAUUCACAGUUGCGGUUACUGAUUGACCAGGUGGAAUCUUCAACUGAGCAGUCACUUCAGGGCCUUACUGAUGAGAUUUUAAACUGUGGAUUCACUGGAGCCAUCUCGGUUCAAAACAAGGAACCGAUUGUCCGAGCCAUUACACUCCAUGCUGUGCUUAGAUUGCAGCCAAUGUUGGAACAACUCAAGGAGGGUUUGCAGCUGUAUGGCCUCCACCUGCUGAUUAAGCAAUACCCAGAAAUCUGCCAGCCUCUCUUCGUCCUUGGGGGAGAUGUGAAAGUUAAUGCCGAGUUUGUCAUGGCGUCCAUUCACCCUCAGCUGAGUGAGAAGGGAACCUCCAAGCAUCAGGUUGAGCUGGACCUUGUUAACUUCAUUCAGGACUUGCUUUAUGAGUCAGAAGAAGGUCAAGAACAUGUAGCUGACGAAGAUGGCCCAAGAUCUAUCACACCUGCCAGGUUUCUGCAAUGGAUCACCGGUCAAGGCCAUGUUCCUCUCCUCCCCUCAGAAAAGAAGGACUUUGCUGUGGUGGUAAAAUUUAAUCACAAUUGUGAAGCUGACUUUGGAAAUCACAGCAUCUGCUAUCCUGUUGUGUCAUCCUGUGCUAAGACCAUUGUCCUGCCUGUGAAACAUAUGAAGUCCUAUAGUCAAUUCAGAAUGGUUCUGCUGGAGGCUUUUCAUCUUGGCCAGGAAUUUAACAAUGUGUAAAGCAUAGCAUUGUCUAUCAAUAGUUUUGAGGUGUAACUCAAAAUGCUGCUCCUUCCAUUUAAUGUUCAGGAAGCACAUUUCAAAGUUGGAGAUUGACAGCCAGAGUUCUUUAAUGAGUGGCAUGAAGCACACAAAAACAUACAGGUUCACUGUUGAAAAAUGUGCCAGAGACAAAAAAAUAGUUUGUAAUGUGAUGUUUGAGUGUUCACAUAAAAAUUUCCUGGCAGGUUCAUUUUACAUGUAUAUCAAAUCAAAUAAAAGUCUGAGCUAUUCAUGAACCUUCUCUGGGUUGAAAAUUCAAAAUAAAAAUGUUGCCGCCUAGGAACGGUGAGUUAGUACAAAGUUAAGUACAUCCAAAUAAAUGUCUCGGCCAUGUGACUGAGAGGGCCUUGUUACAUUGACAGUGUCUCUUAGUCUUGCCAUGUCCUCCUCAGAUAGAGGACAUUCAACAGAUGGAAGAAUUACUCCAGGAUUGCUCCCAUCCAGCUCACCAAUAGAGUUGACAUCCAAGUACGC